CUUGCAAGCUAUCAUCUUUGGUUCUCCUCAAGAUUCCUCAUAAACACCAUCUCCUCCUUUUCCACACCUCCACCCAACACAGCGACCAUCCAGUCCGUGUGUAAGCCCUGUCUUUGGGCCUCGUGGAGGAUGAACGAUGUGGCCACACUCGACUACGAGGUGCUGCUGUCCCCGUCCAGCUCCUCCCUGCCCGGCAGUCCUGGCGGUGGCAGCAGCAGCGCCCCUCUGGCCUUGGUGGUGGUGGACACAGAACAGCGUACCGCCUUGGCUUUCGUAGGCCUCCUCAUGCUCUUCUUGGUCUUCCUGCUGGUCAGAUGCUUCAGGAUCCUGCUGGACCCGUACAGCCGCAUGCCUGCAUCAUCCUGGACUAACCACAAGGAGGGGCUGGAAAGGGGUCAGUUUGAUUAUGCACUGGUGUAGGGUGUGGAGGUGGUGUGGAAAAGGGGAGAUUUCAAUGCACACAGUCAAAUUAUUUUGUUUGGUUUGGAUUGUGAUAAUACAUGCUGUAAAACUUUGAAUGCACUAUAAAACAUGCUUAUUUUUGUUGGGUUUAAACUACUGGUGUAAAAAUGAGGCUGCAGGACUAAAAACUACAACAGAUGUGGUUCAACAUGAUGCUCAUAUUAAGAUACUGGACCACCAAGGGCAGAAACCAUGAGCUGCGCAGCUGCCUCAACCUGACCUACGAUAACAGUCAACAACAUCAACAAGAUUUCUAGGAACAUCACUCAGCACCUCCAACUGAAACCUCCAUUACACGGGCAGAUAAAGGAACUCGGGUGGAGGACAAACUCGGACGGAGUUUACAUUUAAGCAGAUGCCCCUUUAAUGAAGCGAGAUCCUGUUCAAAGUGCUGAUCAAGGAGCACACGCAACCAGUUUCAUUACUCCUCACUCCUGACACGAUCCUCGAACUGCAGGACGCUUCCACCAGUUUUGUGUGUCGUGUCUACAACUGAGAAGCCAUAACUAUGUGCUCCUUUAUUACUUGCAAGUAGAGUUUAUGUUCUGCUCUUUAGAUGAAGCAAACCUUUAGGCUAAAAAGAAGCUUUAUUUUUCUACUCUUCACUCAAGUUUUCAGAGUCUCCUGUUUUUCAAUCCUUUUGUCUCUUUCUCUGAAUAUUCAAAUCUCUUUGACUGCAGGGGUUUGAAGUAGCCAUGCUGCCCUGUUUUAAAACAAACUGAUUGCUUUGCUGUUUUGUAGUUGUAGGUUAAAGCAGCAAAUAAAACAAAACUAAGCAAGACCUCUGUCCUCAAUUACUCGUCCCUUAUUGAUCUAGUCGCAGGACUCUGUUGAGAGCUCACUGUUGAUAUUGGGAGAUGAAUAAAACAAUUGCUACCUACCA